GAAAGCAACAAAAAUGGCGUUCAAGAUCAACCCCUUGGGCAUGUUUCUGCCCGUGGUCAUUCAGCUGGGCAUCAGCCUCUUUGCCAACGUUGACGGCAAUUAUGGCUACAACGCCAUCGUUUUUGCCCUUCUCCUCGUCGCCUAUUAUCUCGAGCCCAAGCCCGAGCCGGUCCUGACGGCCCUUGUCCUUCUCUCCGCUUCCAUUCUGAUUGAUAUCAUUACCCUGGGCGUGUACGCUCAUGGUCGCGCAACCCUCAAGCACUCCAACUCGGGGCUCAAGCAAAAGUACAUUGACACCACCAAAUUUGCCCUGGCCAUGACCAUCAUCAACUUUAUUAUCAAGCCUUUCACCGCCUACGUCACCUACCUCGAGUUUCGUCAACGCGGUGGUGAUGUCAUGACCACCCUGCGUGGGGAGACCGCUUACGCCUCAGUCGAGGACCAUGCCGAGCCCUACCACGGCAACGCCUCGGCCGUGCCGGGCUACAGCGUGGAGCCUCAGGACAGCACCGGUGGUUACCAGGGAUCAUCACCCGCCGUCGGUGACAAGGACAGCCAGGCCUAUAGCAUUCCUCCGGCUGCCCAGCCGCGACGCGCCAAGAGGAAGGAUCAGUGGGAAGAGUUUGUUUCUCCAAGCCAAGCACAACAGACGGUCAGCCACUCCCAGAACGAGCUCCAAGCCAAUCACAACAGACAGACAGUCACUCCCAGGGACAACGUCGCCAUGAAUGAAAGAGAUGAAACACAGCUGUACAACGCGUGCAUUCAAAGCGAUGCACAAGAGGCACUACAGCUGCUGAACAGCUGGACCGGCCAACGGAUUCGAGAUGCUGCCGCCUAUCGAGAUGGGGAUGGCGACACGCCACUGCACCACGCCUGCCAUCGCGGCCUGGUGGGGGUAGUGGAGAUGUUGCUAAAGCACCGUGUUGAUGCUGAAGCCCAGAACAUUAAUGGCAGUACUCCACUGCACAUUGCCUGCCAAGAGGGGCAUAAAGACGCGGUGCAAGUGCUGCUGGAUUACGGCGUUGGUACUGAAGCAAGGCACAGAACCACAGCCUCUGUUGUUGCGGCGGUGGACACUUGGCUCAAGCCUCUCCUGCCCGGGCGCAACAGCGACCAUCCCCUCCCGCACCUCAAGGCCUUUAUCAAUGGCGCCAUCAAUCAUGACCCGGAGCUUGCGACGACAGUCGAUGAUAUACAGAAGACUAUGGAUGAAGCCCCACCAGAAUUUCCCGCGAUAGACUGGCCCGCCUUCGAGAAUAUUACCACACAAGCCCUCGGCGCCCUCGACCAGGCGCUUGAAGCGCCCGAAGCGUUGAACAACUACUUGGGCCAGCUGAACCCAGAUGAAAAGACCCUGGGCUCAGUGCUUCAAGAGCUACAAGACAUUGCAGGGCGAUUUGAGCUGCAACCAAUUCUUCUCGAGCUCCAGGCUAAAUUGGCAGUGUGCCCCGUUCCACCCACCACACCCGCAACCGUACCCGAGGCGCCACCCAAGGACCUUAAGGCAGCACUGGACAAGUUUGCCGAGCUGCACGACAUAGGACCCAGGCGGCGAAACCUGCUCAUCACCACCAACACCAACCUCAAGCACCUGAUGCUGGGUUUAAUCGACGCACUGGAUGCCGUAGCAGGAGCGGGUACCAACGAUACGAUUCAUCGUGUCAACACGCUGCGGCAAAGCGUUGAAUGCUUGGAUGUGAGGGCACCGCCUCCGGCCGAGACGUUGCCCAAUUCAUGGGAGCAGUUGCGCCAGGCUCACAAAAGGCUGAGCUUGUCCGAGCUGAAUGGCCUCAAGGAGCUCAGAAACUGGAGAGCAGAGCAUAAUCCUGAGCAUCAUGAUUGGUAUUUGGCGUUUGUGUUGCACGAGUCGCAAGCUCUGGUGCAGCAGCUUCAGGACAUGAUCGACUGGCAGGCCACAACGCUGUCCGUGCUGACCUCGUGCAAAAUAUAUGCUGAUGGAAUCUCGCAGAACAGUGCGGAUCAAGUCGUAUCUAUCCACGAAGAAGUGGUCGAGCUGCAGGAGAACAUCCAGGCAACCACGGCAUUCUUGCCUUUGGCUUCAGAUGAGAUGCGAGCUGGCCUUGAGGAUCGAUUGCAAAAGAUGAAGGAGCGUCUGGUCAUUUUGCAGCAACAACUAUCAGAUCAAACACAGGUCGACCAGGUGGCGGCAUUGGCAGGGCUACUGUAUCGUCACUUCCCAGCUCUGCUGGUCUUUUUGCGCCCUGAGCAGAGCGCGCUGGGAGCGCGGCUCCGCACAGUGCUUGGCCCCGACCUUCCGGCCAGUCUUAUCUUGGAGGCCAUGACCGAAGUGGACCGGGCAUUGUCGCUCUCUACCUUGGGACAUCUCAACCUUCAUUACAACCAAAACCACAAGGUCUACAAGGCCCGCGCCGCGCUACCAAAUCACCCCGAGCAAGAUUUGGCUGUGAAGGAGUAUGCUUUUGCUUGUCAGCAAAAGAAGGAUCGGUGCCGGACAUUUCUCCGCGAACUUCGCGCCAUGCGCAAGCUUGAGCAUCCACAUAUCAUUCCUGUCCUCGGGGCUCUUGUGGAUGUGAAAGAUGGCCAACCGAGUGCUUACCUGGUGCAGCCAUGGUGUACGCAAGGGGAUCUGCAACAGUGGCUCGGCGAAGCGCGUCAACUGGCUACUUCGGAGGUGAUUGCUGGGCUCAUGGCACAGCUACGCACGGCUCUGGCUUUUAUGCACAGCAAGGGCCUGGUGCACCGGGAUGUCAAACUGAGCAACGUCAUGUUGGAUGGUGACCAGGAUCAGCCUGUUGUGCGGCUCGGCGAUUUUGACAUUGCCAAGGCCGCCGCCGAAACCACGAUGUUGCCUUGUACGGCCACAAGCUCGUCGGGCACAGCAGGAUAUGUGCCACCUGAGGUGCUUUUUGGUGGGGGGCGUGUGGGCGCACGUCCAGCGCAAGAUGCCUUUUCCUUUGGCUGUGUUCUCUACAACACCUACAUGUACCCACUAACGGUACCGCCUGCAAAAAUUUCACCUGCAAACCCAUGGAUGUGUGAUUCAACAAGCGAUUUGUACAAGGAAACGCGAGCCCUGCUCGCAACAGAUCCGAAGCAAAGGCCGAGUCUACUCGGCGCCGCGCAGAAUGCGCAGCGACCUGGAGGCGUCCAAGUUGGCCCCGCCAUUGACGUUUUGCGCAACGCACCUGAGCUCAUUUCAGAGGUGGCCGACCUUUUGAAGCAGCUGAGUACUGACGAGCAAGGGCUACCCAACAUCGCCGUGCAGCGGGUAGAGCGCGUGCAAAAUCCCGUGUUGUGGGAACGUUACAGUGCAAAGCGGCGGGAGAUGUUGCAUUGCACCACAAGUCAGGAGCACUAUGAUGGGCUUUUAACGGCCAAGGUUGAUGAGCUCUCAGGCUGUCCCGCCUUGCUUCGUGAUACAUGCUGCCAAGAACGGCUGCUGUUUCACGGCAUCCCCCACGACAAGUUGUUGCGCGACAAGAUUGUGCGCCUGGGCCUCGACUAUCGCUUUGCCGGCAGCAGCGCGGGCCACCGAUUUGGUCUUGGUGUUUACGCAGCCGACCAUCCCGGCAAACCUGAACCCAACGGCGAACACAUGCUCAUCAUCACGCGAGCACUGCUGGGGCAUGCCUUUGUUAAUUACUCACCUCCUCCUGGAGCGUUGGCCCCUCCACUCUUACCCAAUGCGCCCAACAACGAACGGUAUGACUCGGUCAUUGCUACACCGCCUGGCGAAACCCAUGAAGUUGUGAUUUUCGACAAUGCUCAAAUAUACCCCGAGCUGGUCGUCUACUAUAACGUUCAGACUUUUCCGCUUGGGUGA